GCGUUCAUCAGCGACACCCCUGCGACCUAUCAGCAGGCGACUCGACAAAAUGAGCAAGUCGGGCCCCUGCUACAAAGUCUUUGCACAGAAACAGACUUCUUCAAAUACUACAAAGUCAACUUAUUUUCGCGCGAGUGCAAGUAUUUCACAGAAGAUGGCGCGUUUUGUGGAAAUCGCGCGUGUGCGGUAGAUACGAUUGAGGAAGAGGACGUGCCAGAGAUAUGGCGCGCGAGUGUAUUAGGCGGUCUUUCGGGGCCUAGUGCAACGGCAGCCUCAGAGUUGCCACUCAAGACCCGGACGCCAUCUGUUCAGUCGGAUGCGAAGGCCGGCACAGGAGAAACGUGUGUACAAGAUCAAAAUGUGAAGGCCGAUCGUGGAUUUUGUAUACCGGAAGAUGCGGAUAGCUCCUGUGUCUAUGUCUCGCUAGCAGACAACGAGGAACGGUACACAGGCUACCAUGGCAAACACGCGCAUGCUGUUUGGGGUGCAAUUUACCGCGAGAAUUGCUUCGACAAUCAUGUCUCUGAACCUUUCCAUGCUCCUUCAGAUGCGGAAGCUGAGCAAGGGGUAGAUGCAUCAUCACAUCGAUCCGCGAGUGGGUCUGAACAAGAAUUCAGCAAUCUCCUCCAGGAUCCAGUCUUGUCGGAGCAUGGCAUUCAAGAUACGUGUAUUGAAAAGCGCAUCUUUUAUCGCAUCAUCUCUGGCAUGCAUGCAAGUAUCUCGGCUCACAUCUGUGCUUCGUACCUCGACCAAUUGUCUGGGGCUUGGAAGCCCAAUGUCACUUGCUUCCAGGACCGCCUUGCGCCCUACCCUGACCGCAUCAGUAACAUCUACUUCAACUAUGUCCUCUUAUCACGAGCAGUCGCCAAAAUCGGUGAUGCACUUGCAGGAUACACGUUUUGUUCAGGUGAUGUCGAGUUUGACCAACAAACAUCCUCAAAAGUCCAAGAGAUUGUCAAGUCCGCUGCUCAGGUGCCUUACGAUGAGAGCCAACUCUUCGAGGACAGGCUGCUGAAAGAAGACUUUCGCAAUCGCUUCCGCAACAUAUCAGCGCUCAUGGACUGCGUCGGUUGUGACAAGUGCCGGCUCUGGGGCAAAGUCCAAGUGGCUGGCUAUGGAACGGCUCUCAAGAUUUUGUUUGAUGAAGCAGAGACGUUGGAUGAGCUCGAUUUGCGGCAAGGCGAGCUUGUGGCCUUAUUCAAUACUUACGGUCGACUCUCGCAUUCUUUGACGUCGCUCGAUCAG